AUGAAAACAAAAAAGGUGGUCGGCCGUAAGCUCCCUUCGACCAAGGAGCCCCAACCCAAGUUGUAUCGCAUGCGCGUCUUUGCCCCCAACGAGGUUGUUGCCAAGUCGCGCUUCUGGUACUUUUUGAAGAAGCUUCGCAAGGUCAAGAAGGCUGCUGGUGAGAUUGUCUCAGUCAACGAGAUCCACGAAAAGCGUCCUGAGCAGAUCAAGAACUUUGGUAUCUGGAUCCGCUACGACUCGCGCUCUGGUACCCACAACAUGUACAAGGAGUACCGUGGCAUGUCGCGCGUUGAGGCCGUUGGCACUUGCUACCAAGACAUGGCUGCUCGUCACCGUGCCCGUUUCUCGUCGAUCCAAAUCAUUCGCGUCGCCGAAGUCAAGGCCGCUGACAUCCGUCGCCAGUACAUCAGACAGCUCUUGGACAACAAGCUCGCUUUCCCUCUUCCUCACCGUGUCCAGCGCACUGAGAAGUCUCAGCGCCGCUUGUUCAUUGCCAAGCGCCCUGCUACCUUCUACUAA